AGUUCUAUGUUGUUCCAGCUGCAUUUUCAAAGUUUGUAAUAAACAUUUUUUUUUAUUGUUACAAAUUUACAGUAGAAUUUACACUAAAAAAUGAGUGAUGAUCUUGGUUAUACUCGCGUUGUUUGGAAACGAAAAAAUGAGGAUGGAGUGUUAUUGGAAGAGGAAGGCGUUAUUCCACUUUGUUGGCUGGAGGGUAAAGAUAUUGUAAGAUACCCUCCAAAGGCUAAAAAAGAAAGAGCUUUAAGAAAAAAGCAGAUUCCCCAGCAAGAUUGGAUGUAUGGGAAACUUGUGCACAGGAAGGUCACAGGUAGUUUAGAUACUUGUGAAAGUUGGGCAUACACAACAUGUGCAACAAGUUCAGAUUCCGAUGAAAUGGCAAUAUAAGAGGGCGGUGAUCAAAUAGUGGCAAUUAAAAAAACAGGCAGUGACAAAGUUGAUUUUGGUUAUCUAGAAACGCAAGGUAUUGCAGCAUCUCCUACAUCUAAAAAACGUGUGUUGUGUGUUACUCAACCAUUGAAAAAGUCUGCGACAUUUAAAAACAGUAGUACUUCUUUCUCUAGAGGUAUUUUUUAUUAUCCUUUUUAAUUUUCUAGCGCUAUAUGGAAAGUCAAGUAACAUGCAGUACUUAAUCAAAGUAUGUAAUUAGGGAAAAAGUAUUUUCAGUUUCUUUUAGAAAAUUACUAAGGGGCCAUCCAUAAAGUACGUGCGGAGGUAUAGGGAGGGGUUUCCCAAAAGCGUAUGAAGGCGUAUAAAUGAGGAGGGGUGUUAAAGACAGUGAGUACGUACAAGCACCUCAGUUUCCAUGCAUGUCUGAGAAAUCCCCUCAAGAAAACACUUCAGAUUUUGAAUACCUUGAAACGCAAGGUAUUGCAGCAUCUCCUCCAUCUAAAAAGCGCGUGUUGUGUGUUGCUCAACAAUUGAAGAAGUCUGCAACAUUUGAAAACACCAGUGCUUCUUUUUCUAGAGCACCUCCCUUUCUAAGCAUACCUGAGAAAUCUCCUCAGGAAAACACUUCAGACAUAAUUGCUGGCACUGCUCCUCAGAGGAAUGCUGUUUUUCCAAUGGAUCAAGGGAAGUUCCAAAGAAGAGUAUUGUUUAAACUUGAGCAGCUAUCAGAGGAAGUAAAGUCCUUAAAAGACCGUCUUGAUUUCAGACUUAAUCAGGUAAUUGAGGCAGAUGAAAGUAUGUCUUUGUUGAAAGAAAAUAUGAAUACUAUGGACGAUUUUAAUGAAAAUGAAAUUCAGCUGGCUGAGGAACCAAUGAAAAGGAAAUUGAUUGAAAGGCUGAGUAAAAUUGGAGGUGCCAACAUAGGUGACUGUACUCGAACGAUUAUGCGACGUAUGUUGGAUUGUUUUCUCAUGAGAAAUUUCAACAUGGAUGGGCAGAGAGGCGGAAAGAGAAGUUUUAAAGACACCAAUCUUUAUAAAUGUGUGAUUAGGUCUGUCCUAGAAAGAUAUCCAAAGGAAUCAGAGAAGACAGUCCAUCAGUUUAUUCAGGGCGUGUUGAAAAACGCACCAGCAUCACGAAAAUCUGAUUGAACAUAUUAUAAUUUAGUUUUUGUUGUUGAUGGCGUGAAAUAAAUUUUUGGUAGUAAA